CCACUUCUUUCUGCUUCAUCAAUUUGUUUCCACACUGCUUUGCGUUCUACCCCUCUCUCUCACUCUCUCUGCAAACUGAUCACCAUGGAAGCUGUUGGAGAGGCUCUUCUUUCCUCUUUCUUUCAACUCUUGCUUAGCAAACUGAAGUACCCCUCUGAUCUGUUGAAGUAUGCCCGCCAAGAGCAAGUCCACCGGGAGCUCAAGAAAUGGGAGGAAAUGCUGUCGGAGAUGCUUCAACUGCUCAAUGUAGCUGAGGACAAGCAGAUCAACGAUCCCUCCGUGGAAGCAUGGCUGGCACGUCUCCGGGAUUUGGCUUAUGACAUGGAGGAUGUCUUGGACGAGUUUGCGUACGAAGCUUUGCGAAGAAAGGUGAUGGCGGAAGCUGAUGGUGAAGCCAGCACAAGCAAGGUACGCAAGUUCAUCCCUACUUGUUGCACUACUUUCACUCCCGUUAAGGCUGUGCGUAAUUUUAAGAUGGGGUCCAAGAUAACGGAGAUCACUGGCCGAUUAGAAGAAAUUUCAGCUCAAAAGACAGGGCUUGGUUUGAAGUGUUUGGACAAGGUGGAAAUAAUAACCCAAUCCAGUUGGGAAAGGCGGCCAGUCACUACCUGUGAGGUAUACGUACCUUGGGUUAAGGGCAGGGAUGAUGAUAAACAGAUCAUAAUUGAGAUGCUGCUUAAGGAUGAACCCGCUGCAACCAAUGUUUCUGUAGUUUCCAUCGUGGCCAUGGGUGGCAUGGGCAAGACUACUCUGGCAAAACUGGUGUACGAUGAUACUGCAGAGCCCAUAGCCAAUCAUUUUGCUCUGAAAGCCUGGGUUUCUGUAUCAAUUGAUUUUGAUAUAGUGGGAGUAACAAAGAAACUUCUCAACUCUCUUCCUUCUCAACGCAGUAAUUCAGAGGACUUUCAUGAACUUCAACGCCAGUUGAAGGAUGCAUUGAGGGGAAAAAGAUUUUUGAUAGUUUUGGACGAUUUGUGGGGAGACAUGCGUGCUAAAUGGGACGACCUACGCUCCCCUUUCUUGGAGGCAGCAUCGGGAAGCAAAAUCUUGGUCACCACUCGCAAUCGAGAUGUUGCAGAAUGGGUGGGGGGACCCAAGAACUUACAUGUCCUCAAACCCUUAUCUGAUGAUGACUGUUGGUCGGUAUUUCAAAUACAUGCUUUCCAACAUAUAAAUAUCCACGAGCACCCGAAUUUGGAAUCAAUUGGCAAGAAAAUUGUAGAGAAGUGUGGAGGUUUGCCCUUGGCGGCAAAAGCACUUGGUGGCCUUCUGCGUGCUGAACGAAGAGAACGUGAAUGGGAAAGAGUAUUAGAUAGCAAAAUAUGGGAUUUACCUGACAACCCCAUCAUCCCUGCAUUGAGAUUGAGUUACGUUCAUCUCCCUUCACAUUUAAAGAGGUGUUUUGCUUAUUGCGCGAUAUUUCCCCAAGACUAUGAGUUUAUGAAGGAAGAGCUAAUCCCCUUAUGGAUGGCGGAGGGGCUAAUUCAACAAUCAAAAGAUACUAGGAGAAAAGAAGAUCUUGGUGAUAAGUAUUUUUGUGAGCUAUUUUCAAGGUCAUUUUUCCAAUCGUCAAGUAGUAAUGGAUCACUGUUUGUGAUGCAUGACCUUCUUAACGAUCUAGCUAAAUAUGUUGCUGGAGAUACAUGCUUGCAUUUGGAUGAUGAGUUUAAGAAUAAUUUGCAAUGUCUCAUUCCUGAAAGUACUCGUCAUUCAUCAUUUGUUCGUCAUAGGCAUGAUAUCUUCAAAAAGUUUGAAAGAUUUUAUAAGAAGGAGCGCUUGCGUACAUUCAUAGCUAUUUCAGCACAAAGAUAUUUUAACCGCAUAAGUUAUAAGGUGCUUAAGGAAUUGAUACCAAGUUUAGGAUACCUAAGGGUGCUCUCCUUGAGUGGUUAUGAGAUAAAUGAGAUACCAAAUGAAUUUGGCAAUUUGAAACUUCUAAGGUAUCUUAAUUUGUCUAAUACCGAUAUUGAAUAUUUACCUGAUUCAAUUGGCGGUCUUUACAAUCUACAGACAUUGAUAUUAUCAAACUGUGAUAGGCUUACCAGGUUGCCUAUUAGCAUUGGGCACCUAAUUAACCUUCGACAUCUUGAUGUUAGUGGAGACGGAAAUUUACAAGAAAUGCCUUCACAAAUUGGUCAAUUAAAAGAUUUGCAGGUAUUGUCUGAUUUCGUGGUGGGCAAAAACAAUGGUUUGAAUAUCAAAGAGUUGAGAGAAAUGUCAAAUCUUAGAGGUGAACUCCGUAUUUCAAACUUGGAAAAUGUGGUGAAUGUUCAAGAUGUAAGGGUUGCCCGUCUAAAAUUAAAAGAUAACCUUGAAAGAUUGACACUAGCGUGGAGUUUUGGCUCGGAUGGUUCAAGGAAUGGAAUGGAUCAAAUGAAUGUCCUUCACCAUUUAGAACCUCAAUCGAAUCUGAAUGAACUCAACAUUUAUUCAUAUGGUGGUCCAGAAUUCCCAGAUUGGAUAAGGAAUGGCUCAUUCUCUAAAAUGGCGGAUCUAAGUCUCAUAGAUUGCAAAAAGUGCACAUCUUUACCAUGCUUGGGGCAGUUACCAUCGCUUAAACAGUUGACGAUUGAAGGAAUGGAUGGAGUAAAAAAUGUGGGUUCAGAGUUUUAUGGAGGGACAUGUCUUUCUGCAGAUAAGUUGUUCCCAUCACUAGAGUAUCUAAGCUUCGAAGAUAUGUCAGAAUGGGAGUAUUGGGAGGACUGGUCUUCCUCCACAGAAUCCUUAUUCCCUUGCCUCCGUAAGCUUGCAAUUGAUAAUUGCCCUAAAUUGAUUAAGAAAAUACCCACUAACCUACCUUUGCUGACAAAGCUCUAUGUUGACAACUGCCCAAAACUGGAGUCUACACUUUUAAGGCUACCAUCUCUCAAGGAAUUAAAAGUCAAGAAAUGUAAUGAGGCGGUCUUGAGAAAUGGAACUGAGCUCACCUUAGUGACCUCACUCACCAAGUUAACAGUUUCUGGGAUUUUAGGGCUUAUCAAAUUGCAACAAGGAUUCGUGCGGUCAUUGUCAGGGCUUCAGGCUUUGGAAUUUUCAGAAUGCAAAGAGCUCACAUGUUUGUGGGAGGAUGGGUUUGAAUCCGAAAGCCUUCACUGCCAUCAACUUGUAUCCUUGGGAUGCAAUCUUCAGUCUUUAAAAAUAAAUAGAUGUAACAAGCUAGAGAGGCUUCCAAAUGGAUGGCAGAGUCUAAAAUGCCUUGAAAAGUUGGAAAUCGCGGACUGUCCAAAGCUGUUGUCAUUUCCUGAUGUAGGUUUCCCACCAAAGCUGAGAAGUCUUACUUUUGAAAAUUGUGAAGGUCUCAAGUGUCUACCUGAUGGGAUGAUGCAAAAUAGUAACGCCAGCAGUAACUCAUGUGUCCUUGAAUCCUUGUACAUAAGGCGGUGUUCAUCUCUCAUUAACUUUCCAAAUGGAUGGCAGAGUCUAAAAUGCCUUGAAAAGUUGGAAAUCGCGGACUGUCCAAAGCUGUUGUCAUUUCCUGAUGUAGGUUUCCCACCAAAGCUGAGAAGUCUUACUUUUAAAAAUUGUGAAGGUCUCAAGUGUCUACCUGAUGGGAUGAUGCAAAAUAGUAACGCCAGCAGUAACUCAUGUGUCCUUGAAUCCUUGAACAUAACGCGGUGUUCAUCUCUCAUUAACUUUCCAAAUGGGCAAUUACCCACCACCCUAAACAACCUAAGCAUAACCGAGUGUGAAAAUCUAAAGUCUCUUCCAGAAGGAAUGAUGCACUGCAAUUCCAUCGCCACCACCAACACCAUGGACACGUGUGCCCUUGAAUUCUUAUUUAUAAAGGGGUGUCCGUCUCUAAUUGGUUUUCCGAAAGGUGGGUUACCUACCACUCUCAAGAAUCUCUACAUAAUGGAGUGUGAAGGGCUAGAGUCUCUACCAGAUGGAAUAAUGCAUCACGAUUCCACCAAUGCUGCUGCUCUUCAAUUCCUGUGUAUCUCUUCAUGUUCAUCUCUCACAUCCUUCCCAAGAGGGAAGUUUCCUUCCACCCUUGAGGAACUUUGGAUUCUGGAUUGUGAACAACUAGAGUCAAUUUCAGAGGAGAUGUUUCACCCUACCAAUAAUUCACUUCAAUCUUUACGCAUCUUGAGGUGUCCUAAUCUCAAAGCCCUGCCAGAUUGCCUCAACACCCUUAGAGAUCUAAGGAUUGGAGAUUUUAAAAAUCUGGAAUUGUUGCUUCCUCGAAUAAAAAACCUCACUCGUCUUACAAAGCUUUUCAUCUGUAAUUGUGAGAAUAUCAAGACCCCCCUAUCCCAAUGGGGCCUUUCCGGACUCACCUCUCUUAAAGUCCUCUGGAUAGGAUGCAUGUUUCCAGAUGCGACUUCCUUUUCGAAUGACCCCCGCUUGAUUCUUCUUCCUACAACUCUCACCUCCCUUUCCAUUUCACAAUUCCAGAAUCUGGAAUCCCUAUCCUCCCUGUCUCUCCAAACCCUCACCUCUCUUGAACAGCUAUCGAUCAACAAUUGCCCUAAGCUCCGGUCAAUUUUGCCAAGGGAAGGACUGUUGCCUGACACCCUUUCACAACUGUAUAUGUUCCAGUGCCCAUAUCUAAAACAAAGGUACUCGAAGGAGGGAGGAGAUGAUUGGCCCAAGAUUGCCCACAUCCCCUAUGUGAAUAUUGAAUAGAAACACAUCUUUUGAGCAAUAAAUAAGAAAGCAGCUCUUCACAUGGCUCCUAACUUGGCAUUUUCUCUUUAAUCCACUGCAAUCAGAAAUGAGGAUCACUACUUCUCCCUUGCCAGGUGCAUUUUUAGUGCUUAGAAUGUAAAAAGGAGAAGAGAGGAUUAGCUCCCUUUAUAGAUGGAUGACAAAUGGCUUCUGGGCAAAAUUAUCUUCAGCUACGUUAUGCUCAAAUGGGUUGCACAUCUUGUUGGAGUGACAAUGUCAAAUAAGAUGUACAUUAUACGAAUAUUUGACCAUCUGAGAAGCAUCUGAAUCUGGAAACUACCAGUGUGCCUCUACAACCUUAGAAUUCCUCACAUAAGAAAAUGUGGAUCUCAAGUCCCUACCUCAUCAGAUUCAGAGUCUCACAUCUUUUCAACAGAUUCAGAGUUUCACAUCUCUUCACAUGGUCCAGGUUCUGGACUUCUUUCAGAAAGCAAUUUCACAAAUACAAUUGCAAGGGUAUUAAGACACCCUGUCUUUGUGGACCCUCCAAAGAUUUGCCUUUCACAAAGCUCUAUUCAUUCAUUUUAUAUUGUGCAUUGUUAAAUGCAGUUUCCUUUCGACAGUAUUUCUUGCUACAACUCUCAUUGAUCUUUCAAUAAAAAGACUCUCAAAUCUGGAAUCCUUAGCCACCUCCCUUGGUCUUCAAAACUUCAUCUCUGUUCAACUUGUAGAGAUUGAGGAGUGCCCUGUUCUAGUCCCCAUUGCCAAGUGAAAGGCUAUCUGCUGAGUUUUAUUGAGUGUCCACUUCUAAAUCAAAGAUGUUUGAUGGAGAAUAAUGGAGAUUGGCCCCGGAUUGCUUGCUUAGCCUAAUGUGAGAAUAGAUCAUGAAGUCAUUUUUGAACCAUAAUAAGUUCAAAUUGCAAAAAUGGGUGUAGAGGCAAUUCAACCUUAUCCUAUCCUUACAUCUAAUAAGGUGCCCUCUGAGCAGUUUUAGUUGGAGAUUUGACAUGCAGGCAUAGGAAAAAAAUGACAAAGGAGGGUCCCAUUUGACAACAGUUACAAAUUGGCAUGGAUGUCACGAUUUCAAUGUUUUCACAAUGUCAAACGGAAUUAUUCAAUUUGUUGUAUGUUCAAUGCUCUUAUUGUGUUUGACAAAAUGGGAUUUGGAGUUCACGUUGGAGAUUACAAGUUUGAACUGAAUGCAAACAAUUGUCAGCAUUCAUUAGCGUGAAUUUUAUCCAACAUACAAGCUUUUAGGUGAGUGAUAAACACUAAAAACUUUUCUAUUUUGUUUCCUUUGAAAUUCUCUUCAUUUUUAAACCAGCAUACUGUUAAUUUGUUUGCAACGUGUUAUAUUUAUAGAAAAUUUCCUUAUCUAGAUUUAUACUGCAGAUUUGAACAAUGUUUGAAAUGAAAAACACUUUUUGGCAUGUCCUGCUAUCUUGAGUUGCACCAGUCAGAGGCUCAAAGAGCACAAACUCUUAUGACUGGAGGAAAGACAACUGACUUCUCAUUCUAUGAUUCAUGGGUGAGAAAAACCUCCUAGUAACUUCAAACUUUAACUUUAAUAGCUGAGGAACAUUUGGUUAUUGCAAUACUAAUGUUUUUUGGAAGCUAGUUACAGUAUUCUUGGGUGAAAAAAUCUGUGUAACCACCUAGUAACUUUGAACUUAAACUUUAAUACCUGAGCAAUAUUUGGUUAUUGCAAUACCUAAUGUUUUUUGGAUGCUAGUUGCAGUAUACAUGGAUGAAAAAAUAUGUGUUUCUAUUUUAUUUUAUUUUUAUUAUUUUAAGUAGAUUCAUGGCCUUUAUCCAUUCCUUACAUAUUCCUAAUAUUAUAAAGCUUACUUGUUUUCCCAAAUUGCUUAUGGUAUGAUAGAAGUGAAAGCAUUAAAUUGUUAGUUAAAAGAAAUAAUCUGUUUGCUACAGGAGAUUGGAGAUGAGAUUACAACAUGAUCUCAUGUCCUUUGUAAUUUGUAGAUUGAGGGUUUUCAAAAGGCUUUGCCCCAAUACCAGUAAAAGAAGAAGAGUUGCCAUGAAAGCAACUAACAUUGGUACCUUGUAUCUCAAAUUUCAUAGAGAGUUGAUAAUUGAAUUGGUGCCCAAGACAUGGUCUUUUUCCCAAGAUAGGUGUGUUGUCCUUGCCAACUAGAUGCCCUGUUCAAAUUAUAGGGCUUUGGGUUCCUUAAUGAUUGGAGUGAUCUCUGGAAUUCUUGCAUAUUUCUAAAUGUCAUGUCACAUCUUUCCAAUAGACUAGUGUCUUUCAGUGCUCUAAAUCGUGGAAAUCAUGAGUUAGCUAAAAUUUGUGGUCUGCAUUAGAGAAGAAUUGUUUGAUGCUCUCACUACUGGCUACAUCUCUUGCCCUUGCAACUGCAUAUCUUUUAAUCCUCUUUGGUGAGAAAAGAAUAAAGAAUGUGAACAAGUUGUCCCACGAUGACUCACAUUCCUAAAGUUCUAGUUGAUGAUGUACCUUACUGAAAUUGAAGAGUGAGAAAUGUCAAAGACAUCCCUCAUCUGAGUGAGGCCUUCAUAGACUCCUGACUUUGAAACAACUCAUGAUUGAUAGUAUGCUUUAAGAUGUGUUUCUUCUUAGAUGACCAAGGCCUACCCCUUCUUCCUAUGUAUCUCAUGUAUAUUUUCAUGUAAAGAUUCCAAAAUCCAUGACUUCCCUACAUCACCAAGACCUCACCUAAGCUCCAGUGUUGUUUGGCAACUGAAGGAGAACCCUGCCAUGGUUUCGGGGCUAUGCAUCAGAGACACAACUUCUAAAUCCAAUGAUGAGACAUCAGUUCAAGAUUGCUCACAUCUCCUAUUUGGAAAUAGAUGGAGAGAUUCAUCUUUGAUCCAUAAUAGUUGGGAUUCCAAAAAUGGAAGCAGGUAGAGUUCACCCUGUUCUAUCCAUAUAUUCAGGUGCAGCUUCUGACAGCAGUUACAAGCUUUAUGGCUUGACAUUUUCUAUUCAAAGUUUGUUCCCCUUGUUGGUCCCUCCCAUAGUCCCAUGAUUAUUUUUGCGACAGGUUCUCUAACUUCUUAUUCACCAUGUUUCCUACUUUGCUCAGGUGUAGUGACAUUCCAAUUGGAUAUCUGGAAUUUAUAUGUUGUAAUGAAUGAGAAUCUACUAGCUUCAUGCUUCUUAGAGAGCCAAUAAUUGAUGGUUGCAUGCCCAAGUCUAGGGACAAGUUUUUCAUCCAAUGGGCCAGUUUCCUACAUAUUCCUAAUGAAGGUGGAGAUCCUUAAUUGCCAAAAUUUGGAGUGUAGAGUAGAUGAAUGUUGUCAAAUGCAAAAGAGGAACACUACUUCUAUUGAAUACUGAUUAAGGGUUUUCAAAAGCAUUUUCUCCGGUAUCAGUGUUGGAAGACAAGCUGCCACAGAAACAACUAGCAGCUUUGAUUGAGUUGGUGUCUCAAGUCUCCCAAAGAACUCACAAUUGAGUUGGUGCUCAAGUCAAUUUACUUCCCCAAGAUAGGCUAGCUUCCUCCAAUGCUCUAAAAUGUGGAGAUUACAAGUUGCUAAAAUCUGUGUCUAUAUUAGAUGAAGAUUGGGUGAUUCACAAGAACAACUGCGCAUCCCUUGAAUCAUGUAUGUUGCUCAGUCUCCACACUAAGCUCCAUUUGUAUUUGGCAAGUGAAACUACAUAUGGGAGACACAACUCCUAAAUCCAAUUAUGAGAGAUGACCCAAAGAUAGCUCGCAUAUCCUGUGUGAAAACAGAUGGCGUGAUUCAUGUUUGAUCUAUAAUGGUUCACUACAAUAGCAGAAGCGAGGAGAUUUCACCAUAUCCUAGUUUCAUACCAUUGAAAUUUCCUGCAAGUGGAAUUUGGUGAAUUUUGCACUUAACCUUUAUUGUUAAAAAACUUCACUAGGGGGCAGCUUUUAACAGCAGUUAUAAGUUUUAUGGCUUUACAUUUACGAUUCAAUGCUUGUUCCACUUGUUGGUCCCUCCCACAGUCCAAUGAUUCUUUCUAUGAUGGGUUGUCCAACUUCACUUUCAGCAUAGCUUCUAUAGUUCAUUCAAGUGUAGUGAAAUUGGCCAGUUGGAUAUCUACAAAUCAUAUGGUGCAAUAUAUAAGAAACCAUCAAGAGGGUGCACAACACUGAGUCUAUUAGAGGGAUGGUUGCAUGCCCAGGAAACAUCUAUUUCGCACGGACAGAUUUGUAUGUAUCUUUGGAGUUAUUACUAAUUGGAAUGAUUCAAAAGUAGCAACGGGCCUCUGGGAUUCUUUCAGAUUUCUAAAUGCCCUAUUUCCAUGUCUUUCCAAGAAUCCAGCUUCCUGCAAUCCUAAUGAAGGUGGAGAUUCUGAGUUGCCCAAAGCUGGAGUUCAAACUAAAUGAAUGUUGUCGAAUGAAAAAGUAGAACAUCACUUCUUGUGAAUACAGAUUUUGGGUGGUAGAGAAUGGAAUAAUGCACCACAACACGUUUCUUGUACAUCUUGCAAUGAUGCUCUUCCACAAUGAUCAAAAGAAACAAAGUAGUCAAAACUAAGCAAUGACACGAUUUUUCCUCACGGAGGAAGGUGAGGGAAAGGAAAGGAUGCAACCCAAUGCAAAGGUGCAUCAGAUUGCUGUGUUUUGACAAGGGGAGGAAGAGAUGGAGAACGCAAGAUGCUUCUUUUUGGUAACAUGAAGAAGUCAUUAAGGCAAGUUGUUUGGCUCAACUAAAAGAGGAAGAAACAGAGAAAAAGAACCCAAGAUUCAUCAGAGGAUACCGGUGUGACACCACACCCUUGUAAAUUCAAACAAGCAGCUCGUUUGAAAAAGGUUCAUUUGAUAUACCCAUGAGUGCUACACUUUUGUAAUUUCAUUAAACUGUCAUGCCACAAACUGUGUGGAUCAAUAUAUUGUGCUAUUACAACCAUC